CACACUGUCUGUCUUUAUCCCCAGAAUGAUAACCAACUGGACCAGGACGAGCUGGACCUCGAGCCGCUGGACAACGCCCUCCACCUGCCCAGCCCCCAGAGCCUGCGGACCGCCGGCAACCCCGCCCUCUCCGGGGGCCCCGGCGGCGUGGGGGUGGCGGGCGGGGGGCGGGGCCGCUCCCUCAGCCGUGACUCCCCGGGCCUGCUGCUGCACACGGUGCUCAGCAACAGCCAGGAGCUGGACAGCGGCGUGGGCCGCACCGACGAGAGCACGCGCUACGAGGAGUCGUCCGAGCACGACCUCCUGGGGGACGACCACACCAGCGCCUCCAACACCAACGCCACCAACACGCCCGGCAGCAUGCGCAAGUUCAUCUCGGGCUGCGGGGACACGCCUCCGCCGCCGCCGCCGCCGCCGCUGCCGCUGCUGCCGCUGCUGUGCUCCCAGGACCUGCAGUUCAGCACCGACUCCCUGCUGGGCCUGGACGCCCCGGAGAAGGCCGGGCCGCGCGGCGGGGAGAGGGGCUACGGCGCCGAGGACCCCGUCGGCGUGAUGAUGAUGAUGCCGGGGCUGACGGAAGAGGAGUGCGAGCGGUACCGCGAGCUGCUGGAGAUCAAGUGCUACUACGAGAGGAACAGCAAGGCGCUGCUGCUGCUGCAGCCCGGCGAGGAGGGCGGCGUCGGCCCGCUGGACGUCAACAUGAACGAGAGCCUGAUGCAGCACGAGAUGGCCCUGCUGGAGGAGGAGCUGCGCCACCUGGAGUUCAAGUGCCGCAACAUCCUGCGGGCGCAGAAGAUGCAGCAGCUGAGGGAGCGCUGUCUGAAGGCCUGGCCCCCGGAGGAGGAGAGGGAGGACGCGGGGCCCGCCGGGGGCCCGCCGGGGGCCGGCCGCCUGGGCUCCCUGGUGGGCGAGGAGUCCUGCCACCACGCGCUGUCGGACAUCAACGAGCUGCCGGAGAGGGAGCGCUCGGACAAGGACAGCACCAGCGCCUACAACACCGGCGGGGAGAGCUGCCGGAGCACGCCCCUGGUCAACGAGCAGCCCCCGUCCCCCUCCACGCAGAGCCUGGACGGCCCGGAGCCCGCCCCCCCGCUCGGCCUGCGACUCUCCUCCUCCUCCUCCUCUCGCCACAGGGAGCGGGGCAGCAAGGGGGAGCGGCCCGACAAGGGACCGGCGAACCUCAACCAGACCUACUCCCCCAGCUCCCACCGGAGGGCGGCGGAGGCCAAGGCCUCCAGCCCGGCCGCUAAAUUCAGGUCCCUGUCCAGGGACGGAGGCGUGAGGAGGGGCUCGGACGAAGGCGCGAGGAGGAGCCCCAAAACGACCGGCGCGACGGAGGGCCGGGCCGGCGGCCGCAGCGCCGAGAACAGCCCCUACCUGUCCCGGCGCCAGAGCGGCACCAAGCUGCCCCAGCGCUACCAGAGCUGCAUGCACCUGUGGUCCCCCUCCACCGCCGAGGGGCCGGGGGGCCACGGGAACCCCGGCACGGAGGGCGACGCCAGCCCCAUGAGCCUGGGCAGCACGUGCAAAGACGCUCCCCGGGGCCCGCCCGAACCGCCCCGGCACCUCCCGGGCCCCCUGCUGCCCGCCUCGCCCCGCAUGGAGUGGAAGGUGAAGAUCCGCAGCGACGGCUCGCGCUACGUGGCCAAGAGGCCGGUGAGGGACCGGCUGCUGAAGGCCCGCGCCAUGAAGAUCCGCGAGGAGCGCAGCGGCAUGACCACGGACGACGACGCCGUCAGCGAGAUGAAGAUGGGCCGCUACUGGAGCAAGGAGGAGCGCAAGCAGCACCUGCUGCGGGCGCGCGAGCAGCGGCGCCGCCGGGAGUUCAUGAUGCAGAGCCGCAUGGACUGCCUGAGGGAGCGGGAGAGGGAGCAGGGGCCCGGGGGCCCGCAGCAGGGGGGCGGGGACCAGCAGAGCGGAGGAGGAGGAGGAGGAGGAGGAGGAGGAGGAGGAGGGGGGGCGACGCAGCAGGAGCCCGCCUCCAUCCUGGAGCUGUGCCACCGCAGGAGCAUGAAGAAGAGGAGCCGCAGGAUCCUGGACAACUGGAUCACCAUCCAGGAGCUGCUGGCCCACGGGACGAGGUCCCCCGACGGGAGGAAGGUGUACAACCCCCUGCUGUCCGUCACCACCGUCUAGAGGUGGGGGGGGGCGGGGACGAGACCACGACCGUUGGAAGAGCGACCACAUGAAGGACUGCUAAUAUGUCAUUGCAUUUGUCACCAGCAAUAACUGCGAUGCUGUUUUUGGGGGAUAUUUGUAGUUCCUCCGAUUCAGAUCGGUGUUUGUUGGAUAUCCUAAAUCAGCAGGCAACCCACAGCCCUGCCAACACAACUGAAUAACAGAUGUUUAAAAGCGACCUGAACUUCCCUUUAGAUCUGAUACUGUAUGCAAGGGAGAGGAGGUCGUGAGAAACAGCGCCCCCUACUGCUGUUUAUCGGACAGGUGGGGAGGAAACCAGUAUUGGGAGCGUAAAGAACAAAAAAAGGAAACAAACUCCGAUAUUGUUGGAAGCAUCAAUCCAUACUAGUGAAGUGCUGAUUUAACUGAAAUGUGUUAUAAUUGCUUUUGGGCCAUAACGAUCAUCAUCUGCACAUCGAGUGUAACCGUAGAGUAGAAUGUAGUUUAGGCAUUAAUGUAGACAUGCAUCAACAAGUGGUCUUUUUUGGGCUGAACCAUUCAGUGUGACCCCAUGACAAGUCACAGAAGCCUUCAGCUGAUCUAUCGUGUACACGGUGCCUUCCCGACAGGCAGUCUUACUGUACAGUAUGCAUUUUGUUAGACGCACAUCAGGACAAGUCGCCACUGAAGAGCUGGGUAGUAAGGCACAUAACAACCAACACGCACAUUCGUGUUGGAGAAGGGCACAACGUAUUUGACAAGCACAGGAACGAAUUCCUAUCGGAUACAUGCAUAGGACUAAAGCACACAAUUGAAGAAAAUGUGAUACUAUUUUCAGAACAAAAUUUCUCGGUAAUUUUUUUAACCUGUCCGUAUGAUACAUUCUGAUAUAGUGGAAGGCGAUGCUGAGCCAUAUGGGGCCGUUUGUUAACCUUUAUUGCUGAACAACUUUAAAUCUUUAUUUCUAAAUCUAAAUCAUAUACAUUUAAAUCUACAUCCUAAUUCUAAAUCUAUAUUUUAAAUCUCGAUCCUAAAUCCAUGCUACGCAUAUGCUUAUUCUCCUACAUAUACUAAUUAGUUCUGAUUUCUAACCAGUCAUAUUUCCGGGAGGCAUCACUCGCAUUGAGCAGGAAAUGCGCGCACGGACAGCAGUUCAAGCUAUUUGACAUCUUAACCACAUCAAUUGGCUAUUUAUCUGGCAUUAUACAACGUGACGUUGCAGCUGGGGUAACAGCAGCUCUGAAGGUCCGAUCUACAGACUUUGUUCACACGUUGCUUUGGCAUCGAUCUGCUGUUUGCAUCCGCAUUUCCUGCCCAAUGUACGUGAUGCCUCCCCCGAUUAUAUUACUGGUUAGGAGAAGUCAGAACAGAAGCAAUUAGUACAUGCAUGACAAUAAGCAUAUCCGUUGUCUGGAUAUAGGUCCAGGAUUUAGAUAUAUUUGGAUAUAAAAUGUAUAAUUAGGUUUGGGAUUAUAUUUAAAAUAGUUCUAAAUUUAAAUGUUAAAACUUGAGAUUAAAAUUUCAGUGAGGUUUGGAGGGCUGUUUAUUUGCUGAAUUUAAGAAAAAUUAAGCAACGCUUGAGCUAAAUCUGUAACGAGUGAAGCACAUUUUUGAGCAGCAACAGUUUACAAACGGCCCCAAACAGAUCCAGGCUAUUUGAUGCUUUGAGUGGUUAUCAUGGUCAACUAUUUCACGAUGUGAAAUUUGAAUUCCAAGUCAAUUAUUAUUUUCAAUCAUUCAAAACGCUUGUGCAUAUUGCAAACCUGAGCUCUGGAAAAUGUAUUUAGUCUACAUCGUUUAGAAUAAGUUUGCAAUAGGAAUAGGAUUGAAUUUUUGUAAUCAUUUAUGUUGUUUCAGGUACCAACCUUAACUUGGUUUUCUACGACUCUUACUGCUGUACAUCUGGUGCCAUGGCAUUGUUGGUUCAUAAAUGAUUGCAGUAAAGCAAACAAUUAUUUUACAUUUCACUUCGAUGCAUGUUUGAAAUCAAAAGAUUUUAUCUUACAUUUAUCCCGGAUUUAUGUAACUGUGGAUGUGGUGUGUUACUAGAAUAGAAAAUGUUUGUGCAGUUGUUCAUUCAAUAUUGUCUGUAAAAGGUCUGUCUGCUAUUCUAAUGUUUGAACCUUUUUUAAAUAAAUUAUUGACUGUGAAAA